AUGAAAGUGACCGUGUGCUUCGGCAGGACAGGCAUCGUGGUGCCGUGCAAGGAGGGCCAGCUGCGCGUCCGGGAGCUCACGCAGCAGGCGCUGCAGCGCUACCUGAAGACCCGGGAGAAGGAUCCUGGCUACUGGGUGAAGAUUCAUCACUUAGAAUACACAGAUGGAGGAAUCCUGGACCCAGAUGAUGUUUUGGCAGAUGUUGUUGAAGACAAAGAUAAGCUGAUUGCUGUGUUUGAUGAACAAGAACCACUCCACAAGAUUGAGAGCCCCAGCGGAAACCCUGCAGGCCGGCAGAGCCCAGAUGCCUUUGAGACGGAAGUGGCUGCCCAGUUGGCUGCGUUUAAACCAAUUGGUGGGGAAAUUGAAGUGACCCCUUCUGCUCUGAAAUUAGGCACUCCACUGCUGGUGAGGAGAAGCAGUGACCCAGCUCCAGGCCCACCUGCUGAUGCCCAGCCCAGGGCUUCACACCCCAGUGGCCAGAGUCUGAAACCUGUUAUUCUAGAUUCCACACAGAACUUAGAAGAUGGAGAAGUUAUGAAUGGUGUACAGACCGAAUCACUGACAUCGCUGAAAACCAAGGAUGCACUGAGCGAUAUGACAAGAACAGUGGAUAUUUCUGGGGAAGGAGGCCCCUUGGGAAUACACGUGGUGCCCUUCUUUUCGUCUCUGAGUGGAAGGAUUCUAGGACUCUUCAUCCGCGGCAUUGAAGAAAAUAGCAGGUCCAAACGGGAGGGACUAUUUCAUGAAAAUGAAUGUAUUGUAAAAAUCAACAGCGUGGACCUCGUAGACAAAACCUUUGCUCAGGCUCAAGAUGUCUUCCGUCAGGCGAUGAAAUCGCCCAGUGUGCUCCUCCACGUGCUUCCACCUCAAAACCGUGAACAGUAUGAAAAAUCAGUCAUUGGACCGCUUAACAUUUUUGGUAACAAUGAUGGCAUUUUGAGAACCAAGCCACCGCCUCCUGUCCAUGGAAUAACGGGAAUAAAAACCAUAACUCUCACAGGAACAGGGGGUCCUGAAGAGGAUGCUUUGACCUCUCUGCAACAUAGCAAGAGCCCCCGGGUACCAAGACUGGGUAGAAAGCCAUCCUCUCCCUCACUCUCCCCUCUCAUGGGGUUUGGCAGCAAGAAGAACACAAAGAAAAUUAAGAUUGACCUAAAGAAAGGCCCUGAAGGACUGGGUUUCACUGUGGUUACCAGAGACUCUUCCAUACAUGGGCCUGGUCCCAUUUUUGUAAAAAACAUUUUACCAAAGGGAGCAGCAAUAAAAGAUGGCCGCCUACAAUCAGGGGACAGAAUUUUGGAGGUCAAUGGCAGAGAUGUCACUGGGCGGACACAGGAAGAGCUUGUGGCCAUGCUGAGGAGCACCAAGCAAGGAGAGACAGCAUCGCUGGUCAUCGCCCGUCAAGAAGGGACUUUUCUUCCCCGAGAGCUGAAAGGAGAGCCCGACUGCUAUGCGCUCUCCCUGGAAAUGACCGAGCAGCUCACCUUCGAGAUCCCCCUGAAUGAUUCGGGUUCUGCUGGUCUUGGCGUGAGCUUGAAAGGGAACAAAUCUCGAGAAACUGGAACGGACUUGGGAAUUUUUAUCAAAUCCAUCAUCCAUGGAGGUGCUGCUUUCAAGGAUGGUCGUCUGCGGAUGAAUGACCAGCUGAUUGCCGUUAACGGGGAAUCUCUUUUGGGAAAGUCCAACCACGAAGCUAUGGAGACACUGAGGCGAUCGAUGUCCAUGGAAGGAAACAUUCGAGGGAUGAUCCAGUUGGUGAUUCUGCGGAGACCAGAGAGACCACUGGAGGAGCCUGCAGAGUGCGGGGCAUUUUCUAAGCCAUGCUUUGAGAAUUGUCAAAACACUAUAACCACCUCCAGGAGAAAUGAUAACAGCUCAUUGCAUCCCUUCGGCACUUACAGUUCGCAGGACAAACAGAAAGUGCUGUUGCUUCCCAGUGACGGGUGGGCAGAUCCUGAGGUCCCGCCUUCACCACCACCACAUCCCGUUCUGGAAUUGGGCCUUGAAGAUUACAGCCACAGCUCUGGGGUAGAUUCGGCGGCGUAUUUUCCAGAUCAGCACAUCCAUUUCAGAUCUGUGACACCGGCCAGGCAGCCCGAGUCAAUGAAUCUGAAAGCCUCAAAGAGCAUGGACCUUGUGUCAGAUGAAAGCAAAGUCCACUCAUUGGCUGCUCACAAAUCGGACUCUCCAAGCAAAGAUUUCGGUCCAACUCUGGGUUUGAAAAAGUCCAGUUCCUUGGAGAGCCUCCAGACUGCGGUUGCUGAGGUCAGGAAGAAUGAACUUCCCUUCCACAGGCCCCGGCCGCACAUGGUUCGCGGCCGCGGCUGCAACGAGAGUUUCCGGGCAGCCAUUGACAAAUCCUAUGACGGACCAGAAGAGCUUGAAGCUGACGGUCUGUCUGAUAAGAGCUCUCACUCCGGCCAAGGGGCUCUGAGUUGUGAAUCUGUCCCUCAGGGGAACCCUGAGCUGGAGGACGGGGAGCAGAAAGCCAGGAAAAUCAAAAAACCGAAAGAGAAGGAGAAGAAGAAGGAAAAGGGCAAACUGAAAGUCAAGGAGAAAAAGCUGAAAGAGGAAAAUGAAGACCCAGAGAGGAAAAUAAAGAAGAAAGGAUUCAGUGCCAUGCUGAGAUUUGGAAAGAAGAAAGAUGACAGGGUUGGCAAGGCUGAGCAGAAGGGCUCUCUGAAGCAUGGAGGCCUGAGGGGAGAAGAGCUGGAAAAAAUGAAAGAACGUGAAAGGAUUGUAGCAAAACACCAGGAGCUAAGGGAAAAACAGGCAAGAGGUCUUAUUGAUUAUGCUGCUGGUGCAACUGGAUCGCUGCAUGAUAUGGACGAUGAUGAAAUGGAUCCCAACUAUGCCAGAGUGAACCACUUCCGGGAACCGUGUGCAUCAAGUGUUUACAGGUCACCAUCUCCGCCUCGGGCUGGACCACUGGGUUACCACCGGGAGAGCCGUCCGCUGUCUCCAGAGAGAGACCACUUAGAGGGUCUCUAUGCCAAGGUCAACAAACCAUAUCACCCACUGGUGCCAGCUGAAAGUGGCCGGCCUGCGAGUGGGAGCACGGACCGCAUCCAGAAGUUGCGCAAAGAGUAUUAUCAGGCCCGGAGGGAAGGAUUCACCUUAUAUGAGGACGACGAGGGAAGAGCGAGGCUAGAUUAUGACCUUCACUGGGUGUCUGGAAAGGGUCCAGAUGGGAAUGCACACAACGUCCGCUUUGAGGGAAUGGAGAGACAGUACGCGUCCUUACCCAGGGGAGGACCAGCCGAUCCCGUAGACUAUCUGACGGCCACACCUCGAGCGCUCUACAAGGAAAGGGAGCUUCCAUAUUACCCGGGGGUUCAUCCUGUGCGUCCUCCCAAAGGGAGCUACCCCCGCCCCCCAGAUCUGAGGGUCGCAGACCUCCGGUAUCCUCAGUAUUACCCUCCUCCGCCAGCCCCCCAGCAUAAAGGACCCUUCCGACAAGAUGUUCCACCUUCCCCCCCUCAGCACCACAGAGUGCCAGCCAAUCCAGAAAUGGGUAGACCAGGCCCCCGAGGGGGCAGCCCAGACCAGUAUCCCUACCGAGCCCAGGAUCCCAGGCAGAAGAGCCCCAUGACUGCAGCCGUGUAGCUGAACGCCGCCAAGCUCAGCCCGGCCCAGGGAGGGACACGUGGGACAUCACCUUUGCCCUUCCUAGACUUUCAGGACUUCCUCCUGUUCAGACUUCUCCAUGGGAUGGAUGGGUUUUUCUCACCGAGGUUGCAACACUUGACUGCUGGCCAGAGGCAAAGAGGAGGGG